UAGAUUCGAUUUUCAAUGGUCCUAGUGCACGAGGCCCAAUUAUUUUUGGUCCUCAACCGACAUAACCCAAAACCCGAAGGCUUUUUUCGUAUAUAUAUCGAAACCAAAACUAUUUUCUCUGUACACUUUACUCCUCUCUAUUUCCUCAGACUUAUCCGAAUCCCUAUAGGUUUCUCCCUUUUCAUCUCUCAAAACCCUAAAUUUUCAGAUCCCUUUGCCGAGGCAAAUGCUGAUAAUUCUGGAGCUGGGACAAAAGAUUAUGUACACAUUCGCAUACAGCAGAGAAAUGGUCGGAAAAGCCUGACAACUGUGCAAGGAUUGAAGAAAGAAUUCAGCUACAAUAAAAUACUGAAGGACCUUAAGAAAGAGUUUUGCUGCAAUGGUACUGUUGUCCAGGAUCCAGAACUAGGCCAGGUUAUUCAACUCCAGGGUGAUCAGAGGAAGAACGUUUCUACGUUUCUUGUCCAGGCUGGAAUCGUGAAGAAAGAACACAUCAAAAUUCAUGGUUUCUGAUUCCCAUAAUCAAUCAUCGCAAAGUUCUUAUAUUUGUCGUGUCCGUGUGCAGAAAAUGCUAUCCAAGUUAAGUUAUAAUAAAGUUUACUAGUACUUUAUCCAGCCCAAAAGGAAAAAGGACUUCGUAGUGUUUAGCUUUCUGCUGGUUUGAUAUAUAGUAGCUAUGGAUGAUGAUGUAUUUUCUAGAACAAUCGUUGUGCGUGCAAAUAGAACUUACUGGCUUUAUCAUCUUUCA